AUGGCACCAAAGGCAAGAGCAGAGUUGGUGGUUCCAUACAGACACGUACCAGCUAAAGCAAGGAAAGAUGCUGGAAAUAUCAUCUCACAAUCAUUACCAAUGGCAGCUAUGUUCAUGAAAAAUAAAAUGUUAUCUUGGGCUGCAUUAUUUUUAUCAAUCCAAAGUUAUUUGAAUGAACCUAUAAACAAAGAAGCAGAGGAUGGUGCACAACCUCCGAUUUUGAAAAUUGUAUUUGCUUUAGUUGCUGUGUUGACUUGUUACAUUGAUGUGAUUUUCCCUCAAACUAAUCCAACUAUAAAGAAAGCUGCUCAAGUUGCAACUGAAACAAUUGUUUCAACUGCAACUUAA